AUGUCGGUCCGCGCACUAGCGCUAUGGUGCGUGGUGGUCGCGGUGAGCGCACGCGCCGCCGCCUACACCGUCGACUGCAACCACGAGUACACCGACUGUGAUACUGAACUCAGUAAAAUAACAGGAGAAGAAGAUGACGUAAGAGCUAACAACAGACAAUCGCCGCAAGCACAGCGACAACCAACAACAGAGGCUGCAAGCCUACAACCUCAAUCAACAACACCAACAACAACGACCACAACAACGACAACAGAACCAUACAUAGAAACAACAACUGAAAGAAGAAUAGACCCAGAAACUGAACCCACACCACUAUCAGAAGUUGGAGAUCCAAUUUUACCAACCCAAGAAACUAUCAAACCAAGAGCAAGACUGUUACACCUAAACGUGGAUGAACUACAAAACUUUGCUAUUGCACUGCACAAUGAAACGAAUGCAAAGGGACAAAAGAAACAUUUGACAGAUCUCAGCGAUGUUAAUUUGGAUGUAGAUGAUGACGACGAACCGAGGAUGAUACCAGUUGAACAUAAGCAUAAGGAUAUGCCUGAGAAGUUCUAUGCUAAUCUGCAGGCUCCGUUCCAUCCGCUGAUGACGGUGGAACGAGGGUCGGAGGAGAUGGACACGUGUAAAGAGAAUGAGAUUAUUUAUAAGAUUGGUGAACGAAUGGACCGUGGUUGUGAGGAAACAUGUGAGUGUAUAGCGGGAGGAAUAUUUGAUUGCUCUCCACGCUGCAAGCACCCCUACAUCCGACGUGGUCGAAGAUUGAACGAUCCUCUCUGUUUUGAGUCUCCAGUCGACGAGUGCUGCUCCAUUAUAGCCUGUGCUACUGGAAAUACAGGUAGAAAUGAAAAUGGGAAGGUCUCGAAGAUUGCUAUGUGUCGCUAUGGAAAUGAAACGCAUCCGAUUGGAUCCACCUGGCACAUUGGGUGUGAGCAGUCGUGCACUUGUGAACCGAACUCUAUUGUAACUUGCAAACCGAGAUGCAAGUCCCUGCCUAUUUCGGACAAGUGCAUCAACGUGCAGGAUCCAAACGAUGCGUGCUGUGAAGUUCAAGUCUGUGACGUCAGCCACGAUGCCCAUGAGGAACCGGAGAAUGCUACCACUUCUACUACCACAACUACCACUACCACCACUAGUACCACUACUGAGAUGAUCAAAGGCUUUGAAGAAUACGACGAGCAAAUUGAAAAUAUCCAAAGACCUCUAGUAUUGACGGAACCUAUAGGUUCAGUGAAGGUACUGCAGAACAACUCCGUCCAAGUCAACCUGAUGCAUUUGAACCAAAGCGAGGAUCCUAUCCAUCUCCUCCUAAGCAAUGAUGGUGGAAAGUCCUUUAGCGACGUGGAAUUAAAGUAUUCUAAUCUGAUCCUGAAUUUAGAAGGUGGAAAAGAUUAUAUACUGAAGACUAAAGAAACUGGAACGAAGUUCAACUUCACUAUAACAGCUUCUGAUAAUGGACUUAAUGAAGUGCCUAAUGAGGAUAUUCAUAAUGUCUCCAAACUUGGGUGUUAUCAUGCUGGACAGUUUUAUGCUAUUGGUGAUGAAUUCCACAUCGGUUGUUCGGAGCUCUGCGAAUGCACUGGUCCAGAUACACAUGAGUGUGCAGCACUUGUGUGUCCUUCCCACGUCGGCCUCGAGCUGGUCUCCAAAGGCUGCGUGAGAUGGGCACCUUCUCCUCCAGCUACUCCACCGAACUGCUGUCCUAGGACUGCCAGAUGUUUGAGCGAUGGGACCUGCCAUUAUAAGGGCGUUGCCGUGCCCAAUUGGAGUGAAGUGCCAAUAAGUUUAACUGGUUGUGAACAACGUUGUUUCUGUGAGAAUGGAGAGCUGGACUGCCAGGAGGUGUGCUCGCCCCUCCCUGCUGUACCUCCCCAAACUCUGCGCUGUCCUCCCACCCAUCGGCCAGCUCCCGUCAACAUAUCCGACGACGAUUGCUGCAAGCAUUGGGGAUGUAUACCUGGUCACACGACAACGGAUGGACCAUCUCAGCAGUCAUUCCUUCCCACCAUACCUCCUGAAAUCCACUUCCCUCAUGACGAGAACAUUCCGGACUACGACCAGAACAAUAUCCACAGACCUGUAGGUCCUGGUGAGCCUGCAUUACAGGGUCUACCACCAGGUCUGACCCUUCCUCCAGGAUACGGAGAUAUGAACAAGAAACUAACUGUCAUUUCCCUGCAAGCGGACUCUCCUACCAGUGUGAAGAUGCUGUUUGGACUUCCACCUGUACUGGUGGGAUUGAGAGGCAGUGUCGAUUUGAGAUAUACUGAUAAGGCUGACGAAGACAUCGCCCAUUGGUUCUCGCAAGUGUUCGCACCAGCAGACGAGAUCCUGACCACGCCUCGUCUGGAGUUCAGACUGACCGGUCUCUCUCCUGGCACAACUUAUAAGAUCAGAGGAAAACUAUACCUCCACAACCUUCCAGUGGAACCUGAAAGUGAGAUCUAUACAGUACGGACUCUGGAUUCACCUUCGGCCACUCCAACAGUGGAAGAGAAACGUCGCGAGAUCGACAGUCGCUUGACGAUGAUGGAUGUCAAUGACACCGUGGCUCAUGUCACGUGGAGACGGUUUGGCGAGGAUGAGUUGCAGUUCAUAGACGCUAUACAAGUCAGAUACCGUCCAGUUGGUACUCCGAUCUAUAGCAUGACGGAACUCCUGCACCACAGUCGGUCCAUGGCUGAGCUGCAUGACUUGCGACCUGGUAGUCGGUAUGAGGCAUCACUCGUGUUGGUACCGCCUCCCAAAGCUACCACUGAGCUUGUCGAUCCUGGUAGAAUUGAGUUCACCACUGCUCCUUAUGUUGACCCAUAUAAUUGGACGGUGACCAUCGAGGCUAGGACAGUAGGUUCAGAAGCUGCAGAAGUAUGGUGGCGUGGUAUUCCGUCACCAGCUGAGCGCUGGGUUCGAGUCUACCGUGGAGCUCAUGCCUGUGGUUCUAAGAGAGAACAGGAUGAAUUCCGCCUGGCUACCAGAGAUCUGCCACCUGCAAUUACUCUUACUGGAUUACAGCCCAACACGAAGUGUCGUGUAUGGCUCGAAAUGUUCCUGACGAACGGUAAAGUGAAGACUAGUAAUGUUUUAGAAAUCAACACAAAACAUGAAGAUUCUCCUGAACCUAUUGACAACGAGAUAGAAGCCUCAUCAGUAGCCAGUCGUCACCGCGGCGACUACUACGGCGCGCUGGUGGGCGUGGGGGCGGUGGCUGCCCUCGGCGCGCUCACCUCGCUGCUGCUACUCCUCGUGGUGCUGCGGAGACAUCGACCACGAUCCGUGCCUAUCACUACUGUGCCAUCUGCUCCUCGAGAGUCGUCGCUCCCGCCGUACGACAACCCAGCAUACAAACUAGAGUUACAACAGGAAACCAUGGGUAAGUUAUAUCCCCCACUAUUUCUCCAUCAAACCAAAAAUAUUUUUGAUUCUCAACCUGACUUCUGCAUUGACCCUGAUCCAUUUAAUCCUUAG